CGCCGUCGUCGUCGUCGUCGCGGGAGACCGAUUGCUCGGUCAGAGCGAGCUCUCGAGCCCAGAAGGCGCCUGGCCGGCAGCGCAAAGCAGGGCCAAACAAGCCUGGUGUCUCUCUCCCAGGACUUUCUAGCAGCAGAAGAACUGCCUGGAGCUUUUGGGAGGUCGCUGCAGUACAGACAGAAGUUAGUGCCAGCAGCCUUUCUCCUGAGGCAGUGGGGACCUCCUUCAUCCUGCCCCUCUCCCGGCUGGAGAGGUGGGCGAUGGCCGGCUCUGGACAGCUUGCACUCCUUCUGACAGUGUCUCUCCAAUCCCUUUUGCAGCCUGCAUUGGGUCAGGGUACCUCCAUUAACAGCAGCACAGUGGGACCUACAUCAGUGCCACCCCCUCCUUCCAAUGGCCUCUCGAAGGCAGAACUGGAAGCUGCCAUAGCUGUACCUUGUGUCUUCGGAGGCCUCCUGCUAAUUGGCCUCUUGGUUUUCAUGGGACUCAAAAUUCGGGAGAAGCGCCAGACAGAAGGGACUUACCGGCCCAGCAAUGAGGAGCAGGCAGGUACCCGUGUGGAACCUAACACCAACCUCAAGCUGCCCCCAGAAGAGCGACUUAUCUGACAGAAGGAAAAAGGGCUCAGUUUUGGGGUCUCAGCUUGGAAAAGUGCACUGGACUAAAAAAGGACUGAGAAUGGACCUGCCACUUUGAAGCUGGAGGGUUCCUUAUAUGGUCUGUAGCAUUCCAAGCUGGCUGGCUGGCUAUGAAUAGCUGUCAAUGGGAGAAAUCCCAAAUGCCAGAAAGAGGACCUGGAGGCACCCCUGGAGCUGUGAUGGGUACAGAUGCAAGAUGGGAUCCUGCUCUGCACCCAGGAAGGAAAGGCCCACCCUGACACUGUGGGAACUGACCAUGCUAGUUGGUUCCCCUUUGUUUGCACUGUCCUCAAGGACAAGUCUUCUUCUUCUUUCUAGAAUGGGACUCACUGGGAUUGACUGUGCAGCCAGUAUGAAUGCUUGGUCUUUCUGAAGAGGGAAGGAUGGUGGGUUGGAGAUAGGAGAAGGGCAACUGGUCUUGGCCUGACUGGUGGGCUCUGGGAUGGUCUUGCCUUUUAAGUGUGUUUUUUAAAACUGUAUGUUGUCCUGUGUCUUUAAGAAUGCCACUGUUUAAUAAAAGUCAAUCUCCCUUUUAUGAUGAGGAAAAUGAUGGUACCAUUUGGUGGUCUUAAUGCCAUUGGUUGCUCAGUAGAAAGGUUAUUCUGAAAUGAUUUAAAUGCAUAAGCAGAGGUCAUCACCCACACCAAGUAAUAAAAUGAA